CUUCCUUUUCCGGUGUAAGCCCACAGCCGAAGCUACUGCUUAAGGAUUUCGGAAUAAUUUUCCGUUAAUAGUUAAGGAUGCCGUUCGUUAAAGUUGUUAAAAAUAAAGCGUACUUUAAACGCUACCAACCAAAAUACCGUCGUCGACGUGAAGGAAAAACUGACUUCUUCGCUCGAAAGAGGUUGGUAACUCAAGAUAAGAACAAGUACAAUACGCCGAAAUACCGAAUGAUUGUCCGCUUUACCAACAAGGAUAUCAUUACGCAGAUAGCGUAUGCUCGUAUUGAAGGUGAUAAAAUCGUGUGUGCAGCUUAUGCUCACGAAUUGCCAAGAUACGGCGUGAAGGUUGGGUUGACAAAUUAUGCAGCUGCCUACUGUACUGGACUCCUUCUAGCAAGAAGAGUUUUGAACAAAUUCAAGCUCGAUUCCAUCUAUGAAGGACAAACUAAAGUUGAUGGGGAUGAAUACCUCGUUGAGGAAAUCGAUGACAAACCAGCUCCAUUCAGAUGUUACCUUGAUAUUGGUUUGGCUAGAGCAACCACUGGUGCUCGUAUCUUCGGCGCUUUGAAAGGAGCUGCCGAUGGUGGUUUGGAAAUUCCUCAUAAAACCAAGAGGUUCCCUGGAUAUGAUAGUGAAUCGAACAACUUCGAUGCUGAAGUACACAAGAAGCACAUUUUCGGACAACACGUAGCCGAUUACAUGCGUAUGCUCCAAGAAGAAGAUGAAGAUGCAUACAAAAGGCAAUUCGGAAAGUUCAUCAAGCUUGGAAUCACUGCUGAUUCCAUCAAGGGCAUGUAUGAAAAGUGUCACGCCGCCAUCCGAAAAGAUCCAGUGCACAAAGCAACUGAGAAGAAGACCGAGCCUAAACCCAAGCGCUACAACAGAAUUAAGAUGUCUAAAAAACAGAGAGAAGCCAGCGUUGCUCAGAAAAAGGCCUUCUUCUUGAAGACCCUGGAAGAAAACAAAUAG